AUGAAACGGCCAUCUACAGACUGUCACUCUACUCACGAUGAAGUCAGGCCGGCAAAGACGCGCCAGCAACCAUCAAAUGUUGCGGUGGCGCGGCCAUCAGCAAUCACCGUUAAUAACAAUGAGAUGCGCGCCGGAACUGAACCGUGGAUAAGGCAUCAAGACAGUAGCCCAGAUCUAGAUCAACUACCACAUAUCAAACCAAAAGCCACAGCAUAUCUCAGCUCGCGCGUCGGAGAGCUCUUUCAAGAAGAAAUCACUGAACGCAGUCCAUUGGAGAUGUUCAAGAAUCCCUACAAGAACGACGACAUCAUUGAGAUGGCCCAGCUCAUUCUUCAGAAAACAAAAUCUCCUGCGAGAUUCGUGGAGGAGGUCUUUCGUUCCAUCUUUGUCCCUGAGAUGCGCAAAUAUUCCACCCAAAAAAUCCAGAAGCUUUUCCGCAAGCACGCACGUACCACCGUGCUCUCGGCUAACCAGCAGAAGAAGCUGGAUAAUGGUUAUCUGCGCCUCCAAGAAUGGGAAACUUCAAGUCAGAUUUCCUCAGGUCUGUUUAGCUUGAAGAAAUUUGAUGACCUGAUUGAGGCCAUCAACAAUGCGAUAGACAUGACUCUGGUCCAAAAGGAAGAGACCAUCAUAAGAGACGAGCUGAACCAAGAUAAAUAUGCUGAUAAGAUUAUUAAAGCCUUAGAGCAAAGAUACGGUUUUGACAGGUCUCUCAUAACCUGGGACAUGAAGUGGCUGGACGUUCUGCGCCCGUCUUCGAGAUGA